GGAAGGAGCAAAUCCCAAGGUAAUGAAGAUGCACUAAGAGGUAAUAGAUCGCUCAACAUUGAGUAAGUUUUUCAUACUUAUAUCAUAAUUGCUGUAAAAAUGGAUGGGCGUGGAGAUGGAGAGCAUGUAGGUCCUAAUCGUCCAGAGAUUUACCUUUACCCUAGAGGAGAGCAGCCAACAGCUAACCAGCUUAGCAACGACGCGAUAGAUUGGCUGAAUGUCCAGUGGACAAUGGGAGUAGAUGCAGAAAACUACACGCAGCUUAUGUACUUUUUACAACAUGGCGAAGGACCCAACGAUAACGAAGUCCAAGGCAUAGAAGACAGCGAUGAUAUCCUAGUCAUUGAUGAGGAGGAACUUGUUGACCACGGCGCUGCCAAUGAUUAUGCAGCUCCUGUUGGCAAUGACUCUGAUGUCGUCAUCAUUGAUGACAGUGAAGAUGACGACAUAGAAGACAACAAUAAUGACAACAGUGACAACAUCAGUGUUACCGAAGAAAACAAUGAAGACCCUGUCAAUAAUGAUGACUUCUGCAACAAUGCUCAAGAUGACAGUGGUGAUGUCAGUGAUGAGAAUGCAGAAGAUGCUGAUCUAAGUGGUCAGGUUGACUUUUACCUUAACGUAGAAGAAGCUGACACCCUGCUUGAAGGAUACAGGAUCAUGUCCAGAAAAGACGAGGAGUUGAGGUUGUGGGCUGAGUUUGAUGACACUGACAAUGACAAAGACGUGGACAGCUAUAACUCUGGAGAUAAUGAUGAGACAACUGUCAAAAGUCCAGUGAAAAAUACAGGUUACGAGUCUGAGGAUGCCGAACGAGACCAGCCAAGCAAGCAUGAAAGAGAUGACAAGAGAAUAAACCAAAAAUCCUGUUAUGAGUUGUGUGACAACUUUGACACUAGCACCAAUAUAGAUGUGGCCAACACAAAUGUAGAUGUGGCUAAAGAUGAGGGUGCUGCAUGUAAGGAUGUCAAACAGCCGUUGGAGGAGGAACCUACAGAGCCAAAACCACGAAAGAGGUCUCGAAAGAGGAAACACAUCGAACCAAACCGGGAUACUUUAGACAGGAAUUUAUUCAGACAUCAAGAGCUACCAAGUUUUUAUUAUGAUUCUGACAGUGACUGAGGCUCUUUCCUGCAGUAAGAUUUGGAUUUGAAGAGGGCCCUGAACAUGAUAAUCAGUUUCAACUAAGCUUUUCAUAGCAUAAGAACCACAAACUUUAUUGAAGGUAAAGGUAUCAUCAUGUUACUCAUUAGUUUGUUCUGACUGAACUGAUAGAGAAUUGUAAUCUGAUAGAUGGAACCAUUUCAUUUAGUUACUCUCAGUGUUUAAAUUGUUAGCAUGUCCUUCCCCAUAUUUGCUGUAGUCAGACCAUAACACCAAAAUAAUUCAUCCAUCUACCCCUGUAUCCCCCACCGGAGGGUCACGGGGGGUGCUGUGCCAAUCCCAGCUGACAUAGGGCAAUAGGCAGGGUCACACCCGGGACAGUUUGCCAGUCCAUCACAGGGCCACACAUAGAUAGAGACAAACAACCACUCACUCUCAUAUUCACACCUAUGGUCAAUGUAGAGUGUCCAAUUUACCUAAUCCCCAUAUAGCAUGUUUUUGAACUUUGGGAGGAAGCAACACCCGCACAGACACGGGGAGAACAUGCAAACUCCAUGCAGAAAGGCCCUUGCUCCAGCCAGGGCUUGAAACCAGAUCUUCUUGCUGUAAAGGCAAGAGUGCUAACCACUACACCAUCUGUGUGGCCCAGAAAAUAGUUCAGCUUACUUGAAAAACUUUAAACUGCAGACAGGAAGAUUUUGUUCUUGUGGAGGGCAGCACAGCACAUCUACAUGUACAGCCUGUGGGAAAUUCCUCGAAGAAGAGACACUAGCAAAACAAAAAAGUACCACAAUAAUAGUGUUUUUCAUGUGUAAUCAUCUCGACAUUCAGGACUUAGUCAUGUGCAGGUGGUUUGACAAACCCCUUUCCUGCUUUUUAAAUAUCCAAUAAAAACCACUUAAAAGUAAGUCUGUAAUUUAAUUAUUCCCUUAAUCACUUAUUUAACAUCUUAUAGGGCAGAUAAGAUUGCCAUUGAAAACCCCAUUAGUGUUUUGCAAAUGAGAAAGAGAAAGAAACUGACACCUGCAACACAAUCAAAAGUAGUUGGGACAAUUUGCAAGAGAAAAAAGUCAAAAGUAAUGCUGUUCUGGAAGGUUCUGCAAGUGAACUGGUGACAGUUGAGGUUUUGAAAAUGUUGGUACUAAAAGGUGCAUCCACCAAAGGUCAAGGCCUCAUCCAAAUGGAAUCAGAACUUUCCCAGUGUGACCUUUCUCAUUUCUCAUUCUAGAGUUUUCCAUAAAUUGUUUCAAGAAAUGUCUUUGUACACACAAAACAACUCUAAACACGUGGAACCACGACGACUUCUGCAGACAGAUCAGACGCUGGUGUCUCGUCCUGCACUCAAUUUUACUUACUGUCCACCUACUUGAUGGUUUGUGCCUUGAUAGAAGUGGCUAUGGUUCUAUUUAACUUUCAUAAAUAAAAUGCUUUAGUCUUUGGAAGACGUAUAAGCCAAUACAAAUUUUAACUGUUUGAAUAUAUAACAAUGUCAGCAUAUGCGAAGGGCAGGAACAGUUUAAUGUAUCUUAAAAAGCUACACCUUACGUUUGUCAACGUGGUGCAAUAACUACAAUAAGUAAAUGACACAACUUUUAUUACACACAACAAAACAAUAUGUGGUCCAUCUGGCAUUCAAAGAAUGUCAGAUACCCUUCAUCUCCUCGCAGAACAUCCACAUAUCAAUAUUUGUGAACCGGAAUUUGAAAUACUCCAGUGCUCUUCUUCCAUUUCGUCCAGCUCCCAAUCCUCCCAUUGGAGUAUUGCGCUGCAGCCUCAGCCAGUUCCUCCUCUCCUCAUUUGGACUGCACCAGGAAACUCCACCUCUGCUGAAAACAGGUGCCUGAUUUCUCAGCAACCAUUCAACUGCCUUCCUGUAGGCAAUCCUAGACUGGAUUGGAAACGUGACAGAAUAAAAGGUCAUCUUCCUCUAGUAUAACUGAUGUUUUGUCACAUGACUCUAAAGUUGGCAUUUUGGCAGAGAGUAAAAGGAGCAUUGUGUGGACACAUUAUCCGCCAAAAAUGUAAAAAGAAUUGUUUGUUACUUUGGCAACACAACUAAUCUCUAUAAACACUGCAUGAGAAAGAGAAGAAGAAAAAAAGGAUGUCAUUUCAAAGCGGAAAUGCGUAUCCAGAUAGCUCACACACAAUAUUGAAAUGGUGAUAAGUAAUGGGCUAUCUUUUUUAAAUUUAAGUCUAAACUAUUUUGAGACAUUCAAAUGCUUGAUAAUGUGUUACUAUGAUUACUUUACCAGCAGCAUUCAGGCAUAGGGUUGGGGUUUUAAGGUUAAGGGUUAGAGUUAGUUUAAAUUUAACGUUGUGUGAAAAACCUUAGACUGAAGGAAAGAAGAGUGCAGGUUUAAAAACAAACAUUCUUCUCUUGCAACAAACUGUAUUCAUAACUAUAAUGUUUUUGACUAUCGUGAGGUGCCAUAGGGAGAGUUGCAUCAGUUACAGCUUUGUUAGGUGUUUUGUGAACAGGUGGUAGGUGUGUCAAUUAAUUUUGUGUGAAAACACAAAACACAAGAAUUCCAUCCAUCCAUCUUCUACCACUUUAUCAUCCACUUGACUGCUCCUCUCCAUUAUAAACAACCCGCACACA